CACUCUUUCUCUUUCUUUUCUACGUUUUUCCUUAAUUGAGAAACUUGACUAAUAUUAACACUAUGGCUGAUACCUUCAACAAAGAACAAAUUGAUGAAAUUAGAGAAUCUUUCAAUUUAUUUGACAAGAACGGUGAUGGAACCAUUGAUAUCAAUGAGCUCUCUCAAGUCAUGCGUAACUUGGGACAGGAAGCUUCAGAUGCUGAAGUGAAGGACAUGAUUAAAGAGGUAGAUGCUGAUAACAAUGGCACUAUUGAUUUCCAAGAAUUCUUGACUAUUAUGUCUCGGAUGAAGGCUAAUGACGAUGCGCAAAAUGACCUGAUGGAUGCUUUCAAGGUCUUUGAUAAAGAUAAUGAUGGCUAUAUCACUCAAGAUGAACUCCGUACUGUUAUGACCAACCUCGGCCAAAACUUGUCCGCCCAAGAACUUGAAGAAAUGAUUAAGGAAGCCGAUACUGACGGUGAUGGUCGUAUUAACUAUAAGGAAUUUGGUAGAAUGAUGGAUACCAUGUAGAUGACGCGUUGCUUUCAUAUAUCACAUUAUUGCCAUUUACAGUCGAUAACUAAUAAAAUUUGCAUAAUUGUACAAUUUGCAGCACUGUACCAUAAUGAACCAUCUCUUAAUUCAUUUUCAGCAGUUUCAAAAAGUUCUUUGUCAUCGUCGCCAAGCACAAUUAGGCUGUCUGAAUCUGUUUUUUAAAUAUGUUGUUACGGACCAUAUAAACCCCAAAAAGCAAUAUACUUUGCCUUCCGACGCGUUGCU